AUGUCGUCCGAUCAAGCUGAUGCCGCCAAGGCGGCCGAAGGUGCUACUGAGCAAAGCCUUCCUUCUCGCCCUGCCAAGCAGCCCAAGGAUAAGCAACCCAAGGACAAGCCUGCCAAGGGUGGAAAGUCUUCUGGCCUCGAGAUGGCCGAGCCUCCGCAAUUCAUUCAGCACCGUCUUGAUAUUUUCGACAAGAUCAAGGCCCGCCAGGAUGCCGAAAUCGCUGCCAAACCCCGCGAAGACAUCGUUAUCUCGCUCCCCAAUGGCAAGGAGGAGAAGGGUACUUCAUGGGAGACCACUCCCGGUGCCGUUGCCAGGAACAUCUCCAAGUCCCUUUUCGAGCGCACUGUUAUCUCCCGAGUUGACGGUGAGCUGUGGGAUCUGACUCGACCUCUCGAGAAGAGCUGCAAGGUUGAGUUCCUCGACUUUGACCACACCGAAGGAAAGAAGGUAUUCUGGCACUCUUCUGCCCAUAUUCUCGGAGAGGCCGCUGAGCGACGCUUCGGAUGCUACCUUUGCAACGGUCCCCCUACUGAGGAUCCUCCUGGAUUCUACUAUGAUAUGGCGAAUAUGGGAGAGCAAUCUGUCACUGAGGAGGACAAGAAGGCUCUCGAGCAACUAUCCAACAGCAUCGUCAAGCAGAAGCAGCCCUUUGAGCGUCUCGAGAUGACCAAAGAGGAGCUUCUCGAGAUGUUUGAGUACAGCGAGUACAAGAAGUACUUCAUCCAGCAGCGAGUCCCUGAUGGCACCAAGAGUACCGUCUACCGAUGUGGUCCCCUCAUCGAUCUGUGCAGAGGUCCUCACGUUCCCACCACUGGUAACAUCAAGGCCUUUUCCGUGCUCAAGAACUCGGCAGCAUAUUGGCUUGGCGACAGCAAGAACGAGUCUGUGCAGCGUAUUGCUGGUGUAUCAUUCCCUGACAAGAAGGCUCUCGAGGAGUACAAGCACUUCCUGGCUGAGGCCGCCAAGCGCAACCACCGAAAGAUUGGUCAGGAUCAGAAGCUUUUCUUCUUCGAUGAGGCAUCUCCCGGAUCCGCAUUCUUCCUUCCCCACGGUGUUCGCAUCUACAAUGCCUUGAUGGACUUGAUCAAGGGCGAGUACCAAAAGCGAGAUUUCGAAGAAGUGAUGUCCCCUAACAUGUAUAAGGCGGAUCUUUGGAAGACCAGCGGACAUUGGGGUCAUUAUGAAGAAAACAUGUUUACUUUCGAGGUCGAGAAAGAAAAAUUUGGUCUGAAGCCCAUGAACUGCCCUGGACACUGCAAGAUUUUUGCCCAUUCAGACGUCACAUACAAAGACCUACCCUGGAGGAUGGCUGAUUUCGGCACUCUGCACCGAAACGAGUUCUCUGGUGCUCUGUCGGGUCUGACCCGAGUCCGUCGUUUCCAGCAGGACGAUGCUCACAUUUUCUGUACUGUGGACCAGAUCCGAGAGGAAAUUGAGUCUGCUUUCGACUUUUUGAGCAGCGUUUACGGAAUUUUCGGCUUCACAUUCAAGCUCAAGCUCUCCACCCGACCCGAAAAGUACGUUGGUGAUAUUGCCACCUGGGAUGCGGCCGAGAAGAAACUUGAGGAGGCCCUCGAGUCCUUUGCUGAGCAGACCGGUGCUAAGUGGGAGUUCAACCCCGGUGAUGGUGCUUUCUACGGCCCCAAGAUUGAUAUCGCCUUGUUCGAUGCCUUGAAGCGUGAGCACCAGUGCGGUACCAUGCAACUCGACUUCAACCUGCCUCGACGAUUCAAGUUGAGAUACGUCGCCAACAAGGGGGAGACUGGUGUGAGUGAUGGAAGCAACCCGGAGGAGGAUCUGCCUGCUGGAUACGCACGCCCUGUUAUGAUUCACCGAGCCGUGCUGGGCAGUUUCGAGCGCAUGUUUGGUAUUCUUACGGAGCACUUUGGUGGAAAGUGGCCGUUCUGGCUCAGCCCUCGACAGGUCUUGGUUGUGCCUGUUAUGCCUGCUGCCAACGAUUACGCCCAGGAGGUCCAGAAGAUCUUCAAGGCCAAGGGAUUGUACAGUGACGUCGAUUUAAGCAGCAACACAUUCCAGAAGAAGAUCCGCAAAGGACAAUUGGAGCAGUUCAACUUCAUUUUUGUCGUUGGUGCUGAGGAGAAGGAGAGUCGCACUUUGAACAUUCGCAACAGAGAUGACCAAAGCACUCAAGCGAAGGGCGAAUUGGUUGCCAUUGACGAGGCUCUUGAGAAGUUGCUGCAGCUCAAGGACACUCGGGGCCUUGUGAACAAGCUGUAA